AUGGCAAAUGUGGCUUUAGGUGUAGCCGGAUAUGGGGGUGGCUGGUGUGUAACCAGGUUGUGGUGUCAGGGGGAGUGGGACUCGGACCCUCCGAGUUCAAGCAACAAAACGCACGGUCCGAGUCCAGUGCAUGGUGAUGAAGUUGGUGAGGGACUCGGACCCUCCGAGUUGGCCUGCGUCACGGACCGUCCGAUUUCGGUCUGGGUAGUCGCACGGUCCGAGUCCAGUGCUGUAGUGUACACGCGGCGCUUCCCCCUUGAGUCCCUAUUCGGUGGGCAUCACACACUUAGUAAAGGAGAACCCUGCUCCCUUACCAUCCGAAUCCCUCCUUCACUCUCACCAACCUUUCUCCCCCAAAACCUUCAUCUUCAUUUCUCUGAAAGCUUGCAUGGUGGAGGAGCAUCAUUGAUGGGGAAAAAAUUAAAAAUUAAAGAUGUUGAUCGAUCUGAGCUUCAUAUUAUUCACUAUCUCAGUGAUCCUGAUUAUAAAUCAAGAAUGUUGACAUGUAACCAUCCACUUCCUCCGGAUCGGUACAACGAAAGGGUGGAGGAUCAUCUGCGAAUUACCGGGUUCUAUCAUGCAUCUCAGAUUGGGAUAGUGCAGUGUCAGAAAGCAUUGGUAAAUGCUCUAAUUGAACGUUGGCACCCAGAGACACAUACGUUCCACCUUCCCAUUGGUGAAUGUGCUGUGACACUUGAAGAUGUAGCUAUGAUUCUUGGUCUUCCCACAGAUGGUCUUCCGGUCACAGGGAUGACAAUGAGCAGUUAUGAAGCGUUGGAGGCGGAGUGUUUGCUUCAACUUGGAGCUUAUUGUGGUGAAGUGUUAAUGCUGAGUUGA